AUGCAAAAGCGACAACAAUAUACACCACUUCCAACUAUUGCUCCUUUGCCAAGCUCUUCUCAGCAAAGACAAGGAGUAAAUAUUCCUCAACCCGAAAUCUCCGGCAGGCAACGAACAAAAGCUAAGCAACCAAAUAGAACAACGAAAACUUCACAAAAGCUCACGUUGUUCCCAACAGAACAACAAACUGUUCCUCCCACAGAAACGUGUGAAAUUUAUAAUCAAAUCGGACAAUUACCUCAAGGUACCGCUAGAAUUGAAGCAGAAAAAUUUAGUAAACAAGAAAAGCUUUUACUUCCUCGAGUAACCGCUUACUGCACUGCUUCUAUCUAUACACCAUUUACCUUCAAGAUACAUGAGCCACCAUCAACGGCUGAUCUUUUGGGUCUUGAUGAUCCGGCACUUUUACCCUUUCCGCAAGAGCAUAUUUCUGAAGUUUUUCUCUUUGAAUAUGGUGUUGUAGUUAUAUGGGGCAUGAAAGAAGAUGAAGAAAAGAAUUUAUUGUACGAACUUGUUCCAUUUGAAGAUGAAAAAUUGGCUUCUGAUGAUGUUGAAACAGAGGAAUUUCGCUAUAAUUACGCUGCAUCGUAUCAACCAAGAAUUUAUAAUGAUGUGAUAACUCUUAAAAAUUCUGGCAAUUACAUGAUCAAACUUACAAUAUCUCAUGCUAUUGCACAAUCUGUGAAAAUGACAUUAUUUGAAGGAUUAAUUGAAGAAACAAUUGAAGUAACUAAACAUAUUCCACAAACCAUGGCAGAAACAGGAAAAGUUCAAAUGUCCAGAUCGGCAAUUACUAAGAAAAUUGGACAGCUGUUCAUUAUGAGAAUCAACGUAAAUUUGGUUAGUAAUAUUUUAGAUACUCCCGAAAUAUUUUGGUCGGAACCCUCUUAUGAACCUUUAUAUGCAGCAAUAAGAGGCUAUCUUGAGAUUUCGCAGCGUGUAGAACUAUUAAAUCAAAGAGUUGCCGUAAUAAGUGACCUUUUAGAUAUGCUUAAAGAGCAUUUGACAAGUUCUCACGGUGAACAACUUGAAUGGAUUGUCAUUGUCCUAAUUGCUUUUGAAAUAGUAAUUGGAGUAAUAACAAUCUGUAUAGACGCCUUUUCGUACUCACAUAAAGAGAACCUCUAA